AUUAUUCAGAAACACUUAUACUGACUACGUAGUCUCUACUUCCUUUUCCCAGAGUCCACUUCCAUCAACCCAUUUCUUGGUCUUCUACUCUAGCCAUCAUGCCGGGCUUCACGAACAAGCCGAUUAUCAUCGAUGCCCGAGAGCAUCUUAUGGGACGAUUGGCAACCAUUUGUGCCAAGGCAGCCCUCAAUGGACACAAAGUCCGCGUGCUUAGGGCUGAGCAAAUGGAAAUCUCUGGUACCUUUUUCAGGAACAAGCUGAAGUUUCUCCGUUUUCUUCGUAAGAGGUGUAAUGUCAACCCUGCCAGAGGCCCAUUCCACCACCGUGCUCCCUCCAAGAUUUUCAAGCGCUCAGUUCGUGGAAUGUUGCCCUACAAAACCUUCAGGGGACGUGAAGCUUUGAAGAGAGUGCGUGCUUUUGAAGGUGUACCUCCUCGUUACCAACGUGUCAAGAAGCAGGUUGCUCCUCAUGCUUUGAGGGUUAUUUGCCUGGCCCCUGGCCGCAAGUACUGUCGUCUUGGCCGCCUGUCCCAUGAGGUUGGUUGGAAGUACCAGGAUGUUAUUGCCACUCUUGAAGCCAAGCGCAAGAUCAAGGCAUCCAUUGCUUAUGGCAAGAAGAAGGUUGAACAGAGAACCAAGGGAUUGGCCAAGAAAGCAGUGUACCCGCGAAUUGAGCGACACCAGAAACUGAUUCAAUCUAUGGGACACAAAUGAAUGUUCUGAUUCCGUGGAUUGAUCAAUACACAAUUUGCGAUCCG